CCACCCCGCCCACUUCACCCGCGAAGCUUGAAGCUUGAAGCUCCCCUCAUCAGGUGCUCCCCCCAUUCACCUGCCCGCUGACGUCCGCGCGCCUUCCCUUCACAUCGAGACCCAAACAAACGCUCCUUCCUCUUACCUUUACCCGACGUCAGCUCGCAGCUGAGUGCAGCCACGCCCCACGCAACAAAUCGAAAGAUAACUGAGCAGCUGGUCCCCUCAGCAUAUUGUGAUUAUGGCCUCCCAACCAACCCCCACGCCUCAGGCACCGAACCUCGACCGCUAUGUCGUGAUACACGUUGCUACGACGUGUGAUGAGCACGGCGUAUAUGUUACCAAGGACUCUGCUGAGGUCAUUGAGCUCGGUUGGAUCUUGCUGGACGCAAAGUCCUGCGAAGAGCUUCACCGCGAGAGCGUACUUGUGAAACCCGUCAACACCCCCAUCACUGCAUUGUGCACAAGCUUGACCACCCUGACCUGGGAUCAGGUCCGCAACGCUGGCUCAUUCCGUGAUGCCAUUAACCGCUUCGAUACGUUCGCACAGGAGCACAUCCUGCCCAAAAAUUACGAAUUCGCUUUCGUGACUCUCGACUCGUGGGACCUGCGUGUCCAAUUGCCUCGUGAGGCCCGCGAUAAGGCCGUCGUCCUGCCUCCAUACCUCCAACACUCUCGUACAUUUGACUUGCGCACCGAGUACCAGCGCUGGCAAGCACACCACCCGGAGUCGCUCCCAUUCGGUUCAAGUGCUCUGACUAACAUUUGUGCUGCCCUCGAGGUUGAGCCUGUGCAGUCGUCAGCUCCCAUCAAGCAUAACCUUCCCUUUCACCUACAGGCACUUGCCCCCGCCUCGCCAAGGCGGGCUAUGGAAGAGGCUGUCACACUUGCAAGAGUACUUCGUGGUCUCAUCCGCAAGAGUCAACCGCCUCAAGAGCACCCCGACGUACUUACCAAGCCAAUGGACGCUCGCGCUGACGUUCGUGCUUUCCUUUCAGAGCGCAGCAAAGUCCUUCACAUGAGCGGUCUCCCUCACGAUACCACUCAAUCCGAGCUCGAAAGUUGGUUUACUCAGUUUGGCGGUCGUCCAAUUGCGUUCUGGACGCUGCGCACCCCCGAUCAGCACAAGCCUACCGGCACCGGUUUUGCGAUUUUCUCAUCACACGAAGAGGCUGCCGAGAGUCUCUGCAUGAACGGCCGCGCCCUCAACGAGAAGGCCAUCGAGGUCUCGCCUUCAUCCAGCCGCGUCCUCGACCGCGCAGCAGAGAUCAUCACCCCGUUCCCGCCCAGUAAGAAUAGGCCUCGUCCGGGUGAUUGGAACUGCCCAUCAUGCGGCUUCUCGAACUUCCAGCGACGCACUGCAUGCUUCCGCUGCUCGUUCCCGGCUAUGCAGCAGGGCGGUCCCCAAGGCGGCGAUCCCAUAGGUUACGGCGCUGGUUAUGGCUACGGUCAUCCCGGUAUGAUGGGUCCUCCUCAGCACCACAUGGGCGGCCAUGGCCACGGACACGGCAUGGGUGGCGGUCACAUGCGUGGAGGUACUGGCGUGGUUCCUUUCCGUGCCGGUGACUGGAAGUGCGGUGAGAAUGGCUGUGGCUACCACAACUUCGCCAAGAACACGGCCUGUCUGCGGUGCGGUGCGAGCCGUGCGGGGGCUGCCGUUGUUGCUGACAGCGCUUUCCCCUCGCCCAUGGACACACCAUCAAGCUUCGGUAUGGGCCCUCCCUCCAUGGGUGGUACUCCUGGUGCUGGUCCCUACGGUCCUGCUGGCUACGCUCAGGGUGGCUUCCCUCCUCAGCAGUAUGGCGGACCAUCUAGCCAGUAUGCUUUGCCCUCCGGUAUGGGCGCUGCCAGCCCCUAUCCUCCCAUGGGCGCGCAGUACUCUCAGAAUGGCGGCAUGCAUUCAACUCCUUUCGAUAGUCGUUCCGCCGAGGCUGCCUUCAGCGCGGCUGACCCGUACCCCAACCAGGGCGCUCCCAACGGCGGCGGCGACCCCUUCUCCUUCCUUUCUACCGGCUUCAACUCACUGUCGAUGAACGAUGACCGUCGUAACGCCUCGAACUCGGCCAAUAAGUCACCAGCGUAAGCCUCUCUUAUAUAAGGUAUCACAUCUGCAUCCUUGGAUCUUGCACAAGCGAUUUGGUAUGGGACGUUUUUUUUCGGACAG